GAGAGAGAGGUUUUCCUAUUGGCAUUCAAACACUCAACUGGCUCUAUAAAUACAGAGGUCCGCUCCUCCAGCGAGAGAGCAAGCCAGAUCUGAUUUUCCCUCUCCAUUCUCUCUCCGAUUCGCUAUUCGAACAAUCCUCUUCCGGUUGGAGCAGCACCUGAGAUCUCGUUCCCUCGCGUGCGCCAAUAUCCAGUUUUGCCUGAUCUGAGUUGUGUAGUUGUCACUCAUGGGGACUGCUACUGAUGCUGCAAAGAAGGAAGAAAAUGGAAGCCUGCCAAGUGAAAAGAAGGUUACAGUUGUUUUUGUCUUGGGUGGUCCCGGCAGUGGAAAGGGUACUCAGUGUGCAAAUAUUGUCCAACACUUUGGGUACACCCAUAUGAGUGCUGGUGAUCUUCUCCGAGCAGAAAUCAAAUCUGGUUCUGAAAAUGGGACAAUGAUUCAAAACAUGAUCAAGGAGGGAAAAAUUGUACCUUCUGAGGUAACAAUUAAGCUUCUUCAGCGAGCAAUACAGGAAAGUGACAAUGACAAAUUUCUUAUUGAUGGCUUUCCUCGCAAUGAGGAAAACCGUGCAGCAUUUGAGUCUGUUACUGGAAUUGAACCAGAAUUCGUGUUGUUUUUUGAUUGCCCAGCAGAAGAGAUGGAGAGGCGCCUGUUGAGUCGGAACCAGGGAAGAGAAGAUGAUAAUAUUGAUACAAUAAGGAAGCGGUUUAAGGUUUACAUGGAAUCUAGUCUCCCCGUAAUUGAGUAUUACAACUCUAAGGGGAAGGUUAGAAAGAUUAAUGCUGCCAAGCCUGCUGAAGAGGUUUUUGAUGCCGUGAAAGCAGUUUUUAGCCCCCCAAAUGGGGAGACUGAAGCAGCAAAGCCGACAGAAGAAGUUUCUGAAUCUGUGAAGGAAGUUUUCGGCUCAUUGAAUGAGAAGGUUGCCUAGGCGAUGCACCUCUAUCCCAUAGAAGCUUAUCUAAUUUGAGGUUCCUAUUCUUUUGGCCGUGCAGUGAAGUAUGGUAAUGGUACUUUUCAGCAGUAAAGGAGGAUGAUUUCUGGUCCCAUGUUACUGUAGAACCUACUAUACUAUAAGUUUAUUUAGUUUACCAUUAUUUUUCGUAAACAAGAAGUUUGUAGUUUGAGCGAGGAGGCUUCAUCUAUAAUCUUGUUAUCGUAAUUGCAUUGCAAUAAGAGGAUUUAUAUCCUAUUUAUAGUGGUUAAUUAUUUUUCUUCA